UGUGGUCUGUUUUAUUUAUAUAUUGUGGGAAACUUGCUCAUUUUUUGGUCGUCCAAAGACAAUUUAAGGAGUUUAUAGUUCCACAAUAUGGGUUCAGGGAAUGGAAUUCAGGUCAUCAGGUUUGGAGACUAACGCGAAUGGGUGUGGGUGCACGCGUUCUGAGCCUCCUAUGUGGAAUUCGGAGGACAAUUUGGUGGAAUUGCUUUCUCCUUUAACCAGGUAUCACAAAAUGAGUCCCGAGGAUCGAACUCCUAAUAGGCUUGUGGGCAAUCACCAUUUCUGGGGCCCUGCUUGGCGUCCUAAGUACUCACAAGCCCCACCCAACUCCCAGGAUUUCGACGCUUGCACUAAGGCCACGCCCACUUCUAGCCCCGCUCUGGGUUUUUAAGCCCCGGACCGCGCGGCCUCUUGCUUCCGUUUCAUUGGGAGGACUGGACCGCGCCCACGUCCAGCGCCAGGAGGGUGGUCUUAAAGGUGUAUGUUCUUCCGGCUAUGGUGCAUUUUAUGGCUCUUGUUUACGCUUGCGUUUUUUGUGAAGAAAAGGCUGGGGAUGAACAGAAUGCGGCCGGGCAGGUGUCCCUGUUCCCUUCGAGCGGCAGCUGGCAGGUUUUCUCACAGAACCUCUCGUGCAUUGGAUGUGCUGAAUUAGUUACCACUGAUGACUUCCCGUCUCUACCUCCCCUUUGCUACAACGAUGGAUGAGCCACCACAUCUGGAUUUUUGCAUAGUUUAAGGAUUUGAACUUCGAUCUGUUAUGUGUUCAGCAAAUGAUUUCCCCACUAAACAACUCUCUGUCUCACCAACAUCAUUACAGCUUGACAACAACACUUCUCUCAAGAGGUUUUCAAGGAAAAUCUUGGAAGUAACUGUGUUCCGAAGAAUCUACGUUUAAAAACCGACCCCUGGAUCUUUGCCUUGGGUCCAAGGACCGAGCUGGCCACGCCCCAGCCGCGCCGCAGCCACUCCCAAGGCAGUUCAAGUGUUAAGCCCGAAAGGUAGAGCUCUGCGCAUGUGCACACCCGUCCAUAGCUGGGUCCCAGCCAACCAGGCCGGAGGAGCACCCGCGCCGUCACGUGACGUGCCCAACCGGCGUCGACCUAUAAAAGGCCGGGCGUUGACGUCAGCGGUCUCUUCCGCCGCAGCCGCCGCCAUCGUCGGCGCGCUUCCCUGUUCACCUCUGUAUUUGAGAAUCCGACGCCAUCUGCCACCAUGGUGAACUUCACAGUAGAUCAGAUCCGUGCCAUCAUGGACAAGAAAGCCAACAUCCGGAACAUGUCAGUCAUCGCUCACGUGGACCACGGCAAGUCCACGUUGACCGACUCCCUUGUGUGCAAGGCUGGCAUCAUCGCCUCUGCCCGAGCCGGGGAGACACGCUUCACUGACACUCGAAAGGAUGAGCAGGAGCGCUGCAUCACCAUCAAGUCCACUGCCAUCUCCCUCUUCUAUGAGCUCUCCGAGAACGACCUGAACUUCAUUAAGCAGAGCAAGGAUGGCUCGGGCUUCCUCAUCAACCUCAUUGACUCUCCAGGUCAUGUGGACUUCUCCUCAGAGGUGACCGCUGCUCUGCGUGUCACUGAUGGAGCACUGGUGGUGGUGGACUGUGUGUCUGGUGUCUGUGUGCAGACAGAGACAGUGCUGCGGCAGGCCAUCGCUGAGCGCAUCAAGCCCGUGCUGAUGAUGAACAAGAUGGACCGGGCCCUGCUGGAACUGCAACUGGAGCCUGAGGAGCUCUACCAGACCUUCCAGCGCAUCGUGGAGAACGUCAAUGUCAUCAUCUCCACCUAUGGCGAGGGCGAGAGUGGACCCAUGGGCAAUAUCAUGAUCGAUCCUGUCCUGGGCACUGUAGGCUUUGGCUCUGGCCUGCAUGGGUGGGCCUUCACACUGAAGCAGUUUGCAGAGAUGUAUGUGGCCAAGUUUGCAGCCAAGGGUGAGGGCCAGCUGGGUGCAGCUGAGCGGGCCAAGAAGGUAGAAGACAUGAUGAAGAAGCUGUGGGGAGACCGGUACUUUGACCCGGCCAACGGCAAGUUCAGCAAGUCAGCCAAUAGCCCAGACGGGAAGAAACUUCCCCGCACCUUCUGCCAGCUCAUCUUGGACCCCAUCUUCAAGGUGUUUGAUGCCAUCAUGAACUUCAGGAAGGAGGAGACAGCCAAGCUGAUCGAGAAGCUGGACAUCAAGCUGGACAGUGAGGACAAGGACAAGGAGGGCAAACCACUGCUGAAGGCUGUGAUGCGUCGCUGGCUGCCUGCUGGUGACGCCCUGCUACAGAUGAUCACCAUCCACUUGCCGUCCCCGGUCACUGCACAGAAGUACCGUUGUGAGCUGCUGUACGAGGGCCCACCUGAUGACGAGGCCGCCAUGGGUAUUAAGAGCUGCGACCCCAAAGGCCCCCUAAUGAUGUACAUCUCCAAGAUGGUGCCAACAUCUGACAAAGGCCGCUUCUAUGCCUUCGGUAGAGUGUUCUCUGGGGUGGUGUCCACAGGUCUGAAGGUCCGGAUCAUGGGCCCCAACUAUACACCUGGGAAGAAGGAGGACCUGUACCUGAAGCCUAUCCAGAGGACCAUUCUGAUGAUGGGCCGCUAUGUGGAACCCAUUGAGGAUGUGCCCUGUGGCAACAUUGUGGGGUUGGUCGGAGUGGACCAGUUCCUUGUGAAGACCGGCACCAUCACUACCUUUGAGCACGCUCACAACAUGCGGGUGAUGAAGUUCAGCGUCAGCCCUGUCGUCAGGGUGGCAGUGGAGGCCAAGAACCCAGCUGACCUGCCCAAGCUGGUGGAGGGGCUGAAGCGGCUGGCUAAGUCUGACCCUAUGGUGCAGUGCAUCAUCGAGGAGUCUGGGGAGCACAUCAUUGCUGGUGCUGGAGAGCUGCACCUGGAGAUCUGCCUUAAGGACCUGGAGGAGGACCAUGCCUGCAUCCCCAUCAAGAAAUCUGACCCUGUCGUGUCCUACCGGGAGACAGUCAGUGAGGAGUCCAACGUGCUCUGUCUUUCCAAGUCCCCAAACAAGCACAACAGGCUGUACAUGAAGGCCAGGCCCUUCCCUGAUGGCCUAGCAGAGGACAUCGAUAAGGGUGAGGUAUCUGCCCGCCAGGAGCUCAAGGCGCGUGCCCGUUACCUGGCCGAAAAGUAUGAGUGGGAUGUUGCUGAAGCCCGCAAGAUCUGGUGCUUUGGACCUGAUGGCACUGGUCCCAACAUUCUCACCGACAUCACCAAGGGUGUGCAGUACCUGAAUGAGAUCAAGGACAGUGUGGUGGCUGGAUUCCAGUGGGCCACUAAGGAGGGUGCUCUUUGUGAGGAGAACAUGCGUGGUGUGCGAUUUGAUGUCCAUGAUGUGACCCUGCAUGCUGAUGCCAUCCACCGAGGAGGUGGUCAGAUCAUCCCCACAGCGCGCCGCUGCCUCUAUGCCAGUGUGCUGACUGCACAGCCCCGCCUCAUGGAGCCUAUCUACCUGGUGGAGAUUCAGUGUCCUGAGCAAGUGGUGGGCGGAAUCUAUGGUGUCCUGAACAGGAAGCGUGGCCAUGUCUUUGAGGAGUCCCAGGUAGCUGGGACCCCCAUGUUCGUGGUCAAGGCCUACCUGCCUGUCAAUGAAUCCUUUGGCUUCACUGCCGACCUUCGAUCCAACACUGGUGGCCAGGCCUUCCCCCAGUGUGUGUUUGACCACUGGCAGAUCCUGCCUGGGGACCCCUUUGACAACAGCAGCCGCCCCAGCCAAGUUGUAGCUGAGACCCGCAAGCGCAAAGGCCUGAAGGAGGGCAUCCCAGCGCUGGACAACUUCCUGGACAAACUGUAGGCAGCCUGGUACUGCCACACGCUGCACAGUGCCCGCCCAUCAGAAGACACCUUGAGACUGUCCCCACAGUGCCCCUCUGGAGGCUGCUGGGGCCAUCCUGACAUCACUCAGCACUCACUUGCUACCAAUUCUAUUUAUUUCGGAAUUACAAGGCAGCGUGAAUGGCCCUCUGCAGGCUGGACUGGCAGGCCGUGGGGUGGGCAGCACACGGUGGUUAGCAUUUUCAGAGGGAAAUAACGCAGAUGUCCAAAAUUCUAAAUAAAUGCAUUCAGAGGUUUAUGGGGUCCAUGGCCAAGUGUAAUUCCCCCAGAGGGGGAAGUGGGGGAGUGCCUCCAGGAAGGCAGGCAACCCUUAGACCUGCAACCCAGCUGUGCGAAUCAUUGGAGUAAUAAACUCUUCUGUGGUUGAA